ACACAGGAAAAGAGUCAGACACGUCUUUCUCAUGCACAGAGAAGUACUCACAGAUAUUGGGUGGAUGCAGUAUUAAGUAGUGAGAUUUCAUUUACAUGGAGGCAGUCAAUGAAGGACGCAGGACCAUGAGAUGAAAACAGGAAGUGAAGAAAAUGAGGACAUCAUACAGUCUCUAUAGAUUUUGUAUUCAAAUCUUCACCCUGCAGUACAUACAGAGAAUACACGGCUUGGAACCUCUAGACUCCCUGAGAUGUGUUAAUAACUUCAAGGAAAACUGGACAUGUCACUGGACAGAAAUGGAGAAAGUGCAAGAAAUGCUUCCUUUGAUACUCUACCACUGGAAUAAUCUGGACAGAUUUAGACAUCGCUGUGAUCCCUUUGACUCUCAAAACCAGGAAGAUGGCAACGUUGUGAUAGGCUGCCGCUUUAAUGACAUAUUCAGCUCUUUAGCAACUACCCACUUUGCCUUCGUACCAGAAUGGGAUGUACACGCAGAGACUUGCAUUAUACCAGCAUCUAUAGUUCAGAUGCUCCCGCCGAACGAUCUCAAAGUCCAAAUGUCCAACAAUGGCAAAAUUACUCUGACCUGGAAGAUGCCAAAAAACGUACACUCUUCAUCAUCUCUUCUGUACCAAGUCAAGUAUUGUAGAAAGGAUUGGGAAACGUGGGAGGAUGCUGUUUCAUUAGAUGUCUUGGGAAAGAUGGAAGUCCGUUUCAAGCCUCGUUCAUUUGUCCCUGGGAGCACCUACCUUUUUAAAAUGCGAUCUGUGGCACAAAAAGAUCCAGCAUAUCGCAGUGCAUGGAGCAAAGAACUGACCUGGACUAUGCCUGCAGAUGAUAGAGCCAUUAUUCAAAAUUUAAAAUGUGAAUAUGAUGGAUCUGAGAUGAGGUGCGGUUGGGAGGCGAGGAGAGAACUGAUAAGCACUGUGUCCUUUACUAUGUACUACACAGAAACCCCUACAGAUUGCAAUAAUGUCGCUUCAAGCCGUAGUGCAUCUCCUGAUGGAAACAAAUCAUGUAUUGUUGAGAUGAUUGGAACUAAAGACAGCGUGCCUUAUGUACAGUACAGAUGUUCACUGCAGGUACCUUCAUCUCAGGCAAACAAUUCCUUUAGUAUCCAAGUCAGAACGCAGGAGGAGGUGAAAACUCUGAAAGCCUGUGAGAAUAUUCAGACCGAGUCCCCUACAGCUCUCAAAAUAAAAGGCAAGUCAAACAAUGGAUAUACACUGAGAUGGGACCCACCAAAGGUUGACUUCCCCACUAUCCAAUUAACAUACCAGUUGUGUUACUGGAAGGAGGGAGAACAGGAAUGUCCUUCUUACUCAUUGGUCAAUGUCUCUGGUAAUCCACCUGAAUAUUACUUUCCAGUUUCUAAACUUGAGGGCUCCACUCACUACGCAGCCAAAGUGCGUGCAAAGCCUGAUGAAAAGUCUCUGUAUAAUGGCCCAUGGAGUGUAUGGAGCCAGAGCUGUUCCUGGAAGACAACCUUCGUUCUAACAACAAACAUCAUAGGCAUAUUUGUCUUUAUUCUCUCUGUCACUGGUUCACUGUUAGCAUUUUUUGCAUUCAGGCAUUACAAGAGGUUGAAGAAAAGGUUCGAUGAUUCCUUACCCAACCCCAGCAAGAGCAAACUACUCACAGGCUACUCACUGGGAUACUGGAAACUGAGCUUCAGCCCAUUUUUACAUCAAGACUUUUAUGCAGAAGAGGAAAAAAAUUCAAUAUGUGUUCCAAUCAGUCCAGUAGCACCACAGUCAACGUAUGAAUCAGCAGAAGAAUUGGAGACAGAGAAAGCUCAACGUUCUGGUGAUUGUCUGCUGGGAGCUAGAGUAUUACCACCACUAGAAGAGGAGAAGGUUAUCCCUGACCAGAGCAAGUGUGAAUCUCUGGACACUGGAGGUAAAGGUGACAUUACUACAGUGCCUGCAUCAGAGGAUAAGAAAGGUCUUUCUAAAAAGAGCUGUAUUGGGCCAUAUAUGAAGUUCACUGGUGCUCAGUCAAUGUCGAAUUUAGUUUCAAAUGAAGCAAAGCAUUCUGGGUAUUUUAGCCUCCCUAGAUGCCAAGCUGAGAUAUUUAAUCUUCCUAAAGAAACCACCCAAUCAUGUAAACCUCAGCCACCAGGGAAUGAAAUGGGUUAUGUGAUUAGUAUGGAGAAACCAUUUUCUGUUCAGCCAAUGCAGAAUGAUAUCAAGAAAUGUGCUCCUGAUAACAAAUACUUUGCAAUCCCUGCAUCUUCCGACUUCCAAGUAUCACCAGAAGGACCCUUGAUGAUGAUUAACCCUGAUGGCGCUGGGCCACUUUUGCUGAAGCAAGUUGGAGAUUACUGUUUUUUCCCUGGACUUUGUGGAAGCCAAGAAAAUUUAGAAAGAAAAAUGACACCAGCCAGUGAACAAAACCAGCAAAAUGCACCAGAAGACCCUCCUCUACCUGCUGUACAAGCAUUCAAAGUCAUGCAAAGAGGGUACCUUGCUUUGCCACAUACUUAGACUUACACUUGUUGCUUUUUAGUACUUUGCAAUAGAUGUGAAUGUUUUUUUUUUGUACUGUAUGAAUAUUAACACAAGGCUUGAAGUUUCAGGAUUUUCAGUGUUUAUAGAAAACGUUUUUCUAGCUGUCUCACCAAUCACUAUAAUCAAUGCAUUGCUGUGGUAAACUUGAUAGCAGAAAGCAAUUGAUGCCUCAAUAAAAGUAGCCCGGUGCUGAUAACUUUGA